AUGCGGUUUACCCGAAUUAAUCUCAUGCUCGAGAAUUCAGGAAAACAGUUUAAAAUAUCAUGGAAGAGGUCGGGAAGCCUAACUAGGCUGAUUAUUUCCCUUUGCUUAGAAAGAUCGACCCACAAGGUAUACGACGCCAAGACGGUUCAUUUUGGGAAGCUGCUUAAUAUUUUGUGUGAGAGAGAAGAAGAAGAAGAAGCUGUCACGUCAGAGAAUUUAAAUAUUUUCUCCAUUAUUGUUUGGCUAUCUCUUGUUUUCUCCAGCACCGCCACCACAACUCAUCGUUGGCGUCGUUUCAAGUACUGGGAAGGUAGCCUCCAUUCACUCUCCGGUUCCAUUCCUUGGUCCUCUUCUCCAAAUCGGCUGCCGAUUCCUCCUCUUCCUCAUCGGGUUGAGUCGCCGCAAGCCUCUCCUCGUAACCGCAGCCUCUCGGAGCGUGGAAAUCGAAAACGAGGGCUUUCGGUAAACGACAUCGUUUUCGGUAUAGCAGGAUCCUCCCAUCUAUGGAAGCAACGGAAAGAGAUAGUUCGGCUAUGGUGGUGGCCUCUGGAAAUGCGGGGUCACGUUUGGUUAGAAGAGCAGGUUCGUCCUGAAGAAACCGACGAUUCGCUUCCACCGAUCAUGGUUUCCGAGGACAUCUCAGGUUUCCGUUACACUAACCCAACGGGCCAUCCCUCCGGACUCCGAAUCUCCCGCAUUUUAACGGAAUCCUUCCGCCUCUGUGUGCCCGAUAUCCACUGGUUUGUUUUAGGAGAUGAUGACACCGUUUUUAAUGUCGACAAUCUGGUGGCGGUCUUGAACAAAUACGAUCAUUCCGAGACGAUGUACAUCGGAACACCCUCAGAAAGUCACUCUGCCAAUGCGUACUUCAGCCACUCAAUGGCAUUUGGUGGCGGCGGAAUCGCCAUCAGUUAUCCUCUGGCGGAGGCUCUCUCUAAUUUCCAUGACGACUGCAUUGAAAGGUACCCGAAGCUUUAUGGAAGCGAUGAUCGUCUACACGCUUGCAUAACUGAACUUGGUGUUCCUUUAACUAGAGAACAUGGUUUUCACCAGUGGGAUAUUAGAGGAAAUGCGCAUGGCCUUUUAUCUUCUCGUCCAAUUGCACCAUUCGUUUCGAUUCACCAUGUUGAAUAUGUGGAUCCAUUUUAUCCCGGAUUGAGUAGGCUGGACAGUUUAAAACUUUUUACAAAACCUAUGAAAAUUGAUCCCAGGAGCAUUCUGCAACGAUCAAUCUGUUAUGACCAUGAACGACAUCUCACCUUUUCAGUUUCACUUGGUUAUGUUGUUCAAGUGUUCCCGAAUAUUGUGUUACCUUGUGAGCUAGAACGUUCAGGGCAUACCUAUGUUGCCUGGAAUAAAUUAGGGAAUCCGCAAGAAUUUGAUCACGACACUAGGAAAUCAUACAAAUCUGUUUGCAAAAAGCCUGUACUGUUUUUUCUCAAAGAUGUAAUGAAAGAUGGCAAUGCUACAUUAGGUUCCUAUGCCCGGGCCAAGGACAAAAAUGAUCUGAAGAGAAAGGUUUUCUGCUUUCCGCAUUCCCCUCCGUUGCAAUAUGUUCAGAAUAUCCAGGUUGUUGGCAAUCCUCUUGGAAAGAAUUGGUAUCUGGUGCCGCGUCGGUUAUGUUGCAAGGUAAACAAUACUGGUGAUGAAGUCCUUAGAUUAAGAGUUGGCCAGUGCGAGAAGGGAACUCUCAGUUCAUUUACUGAUUCUCUUUGAACGAUCGAGGGAUGCUGUUGAUUAUGUAUUCAGGCUCAAGAUAGACCUCACGCUAUUUUGUGCUUUAUGCUCUUUUUGCUGCAUGGAAGUUUUUGGGCUGUUCCUUGAGAUUGACUGUGGGCACUGGUCUUAUUUUUUUAUUACUUCCCUUUAUCAGCUCAGUCAUUCAAUUCUUGCCUUCAUUUUUGUUCAGAAGGUAACUCAUCAUUUACUGAUGGCUAACAUUUGUGCUUGAUGAUGCAGUGAAACUGAUCGUUAUUUGUGGAUAUCAGAGAUUAAACUAGUUAAUUUUUUUUUCCGAUUUGGCUCAAG